AUGAAGUUUUCAAAAUUAUGUAUUGCUUCAUCAUUAGCAACUAGUACAGUAUAUGCAUCAGAAAAUAUAAAGAAAGAAGAUAAAUUUGUGAAAUUAAAAUUCAAUAAAAGUUUUGGUGAUUCAUAUAAUACAUCAUCUCAAUCAAAUAGACCAUUAUUUAAAAGAUCCUCGAAUUAUGAAGAAAUCGAAUUAAAAAAUCAACAAAGUUUUUAUUCUGUUGAGUUAGAUAUUGGGGUACCAGUACAACAAAUUACAGUAUUAGUAGACACUGGGUCCUCAGAUCUAUGGGUUACAGGUUCAGAUAAUCCCUUCUGUUCGUCAAAUAGUGCAUACGCAAAGAGAGAUCAAGUUAAAUCGUCGGAUAACAAUGAUGAUGAUGAGGAAGAGAAUUCAUCAUCACUUCAGGAGAAGAAUGGGGUGAUUUUUGCUACAGAGAUUACUAUUGGAGGUGGGAUAGAUCCUUUAAGUUUCCUAACGGGGUCUGAUUUCACUUUCAACACUGGUGAAUUUCAAACUGCUACCGCAACUAGAACAUCUAAUGCGGCAGCUGAGGCCACUAUAGAUUGUUCCAGUUAUGGGACGUUUAAUGUCAAUAGUUCUUCUACAUUUAAAUCGAAUGAAACCUCUUUUGAAAUAUCCUAUGGUGAUGGUUCAUAUGCAUCAGGGACCUGGGGUCAAGACGUUCUUGCGAUGAAUGACGUCAAUAUUACAGGUGUCUCCUUUGGUGUAGCAAAUUAUACAAACUCCACCGUGGGUGUUCUUGGUAUAGGUUUACCAGGUUUAGAAUCAACAUAUUCUGGUACUGGUUCCACAAGUUCGGCUCAUCGUUAUCAGUACGCUAAUUUACCAAUGAUUUUACGUCAAACUGGUGCUAUUGAACAUACUGCAUACUCUCUAUAUCUAGAUAGUUCCGAUGCUAAAUAUGGUUCUGUCUUGUUUGGUGCAGUGGAUCAUAACAAAUACAGUGGAGAUCUAUAUACUAUCCCAAUGAUUAAUAUUUAUGAAAACCAAGGGUUUUCAAAUCCAAUCGAAUUCGAUGUCACUUUACAAGGUAUUGGUGUGUCUACUAGUGAUGAGCAAGUCACUGUCUCACAAACAAAGCUUCCAGCAUUAUUAGAUUCAGGUACUACUAUUAGUUAUAUGCCUGCUGAUCUUGUUUCUCUAUUAGCCGAAGAAAUUGGUGCCACAUAUUCGUCGACCUCAGGGUUCUAUGAAAUGCGUUGUUUAUCAAGUAGUGACGAUACUGAACUUGUAUUUGAUUUCGGUGGAUUCCAUAUAACGGCUCCAUUAUCAGAUUUCUUAAUCUCUACCACUUUGAGUAACAAACAAUGUAUAUUUGCAGUGGUACCAGAAGUAACCAAUUCUGUUAUUUUAGGUGAUGUCUUCUUAACUCAUGCAUACGUUGUCUACGAUUUAGAAAAAUAUGAAAUCUCAAUGGCUCAAGCCAGUUAUGAUGAUGACACUGAAGAUAUUGAAGUCAUUGACUCCAGCGUUCCAAGUGCUGUUACAGCCGCAUCCUAUUCAAAUACAUGGUCUACUAGUCAAGAUAUUACAUCUGGUGGUAACAUUUUUACAUUAGAUGGUAAUACUACAGUAACUUCUGGUGGAUCAACUAUUGUUACUGCCACCGGUAGUACUCGUAGUGCAUCCCACUCACAAUCAACUACACGUAGAGGUAGUUCUACUUCUCGUGUUGAAAGGACUAAUGGUCAAGACAUUUUGUCUAUCCCUACCUUACUCCUAGCGUCUGCAUCCUUUGUUUUGUCAUUCUUCCUUUAG